AUAAUAAUCAUAUUUGCCAAUAAGCAAACUGCUAUAUAAAGAGAUUAGCUCGACCACUAAGAAUACAAGUUGACAACAUGAAUGGCCUGCGCAAAUUUCUGCUUCUGGCAUGUCUUGGACAAAUUGCACAUGGGAGCGACAUCAUACAUGGGGACAAAGCCUCGGAGAACUCACUGCUGUACAUGGCCUCAGUGCAGAACUCCAAAGCUCAUGUAUGUGGAGGAUUUCUCAUUGCUGAAGACUUUGUGGUCACUGCCGCGCACUGUGACGACCCUAACCCCACACAUGUUGUUCUUGGCACCCACGAUCUCAGGAGGUCCCCUAAUGAGAAGAUAAGUAUUGAGAAGAAAGUCAAGCACCCAUCAUAUCGGGUUGUUGGACUGGGUCAUGACAUCAUGCUUCUUAAACUGUCAAGAAAAGCUCAACUGAACAACAGAGUCAAAACAAUUAAAUUCGCUACUUCUGAAACAAAUGAAAAUGCAAACUGCUACGUGGCUGGUUGGGGUAUGACUGAAACUGGCGGCGACACUGUCAACGAGCUCAGAGUGGUGAAUGUGUCCAUCAUUGACCAACAAGUCUGUGUGGAUAGAUGGGAUGGUCUCCCUGGCAAUGUUAUCUGUGCAGGCGGAUAUGGCACCAAGGCAGGAUUUUGUCAGGGAGAUUCUGGUGGUCCUCUGGUGUGCAACAAGAUGGCGGUCGGUGUCGUGUCUUUCAACAAACUUCGAAACUGUGACUACCCCGAUGUGCCCAACGUCUACACAGAUAUCUCAAAAUAUGUCUCCUGGAUCAAUAGCGUUAUCAAAACCUUCUAAAUAAAAAUCCUGCUCAGAGUUUUCCCUUUGCAUAAUUACAGUA